AUGUUUGCAAAACUAAAGAAGAAGAUUGCGGAAGAGGCAGCUACUUCUCCGCGGCCAGGAGGGGUGGCCAGAAUGCCCAGAUCGGUCAGCAAGGAGUCCAUCACAUCUGUAGGAGCAGAUUCCGGGGAUGACUUUGUAAGUGCCAAAUGCUAUGUUUUGCUAUCUAGUUUUUUAAGACAACCAUGUGUUGAUUUGCUCAAUUUUAUGUUGAAGUCUACAGAAUACAAAAGCAAACCUAAAAAUGUUAUGAAUCUUUCUUUGGUGUGGUUUGGUCUUAUUGAAUGUCAUAGUACCAAUUCCUUUUGUCCAGGAGAAGAAAUGGAGGAGGUGCACCAGGUGGUAGCACUGAUAGUGUGGGCUGAAUCCAGCACCUCUUUACCACACCAAAUUUUCAAUAAAGCAGUAUGUUCACCUGUCAGUCACCUGAUGUAACUCUAACAAGUGAGUGAUGUUGACUGGUGAGCAGUGCGGGGUUCACGUCUGUGUUGGCAAGGGUAUCAAGCAGCCAGUAUGACAGCUGCUAUGCAACUUAGCAUAAAAAGGCAAAAUUCACUAGCACCUCAUGAAGGUGGAGGAAGACCAAUGCUGAGUUGAGAGGAAUGAGCCUAUCCAGCUAGUGUAACAUUAUCUAAUCAUAGGAGAACAACUGAGAGCACCAUUUUUGCUAGUGGAAGGGACAAAACACUGCCUAUGCUUUAAAAAUUGUAGCAUGAUGUGAAAACUGCAGCAAAGUGCCAUUCUCCUCUCAUCUCUCCCCCUGCUUCCCGUGGGCAGGCUCUUUUUUGUUGCUGUUACUGAAAUGGACAAGUGUGUUGGACUGUUCAUUUAUGAAUUUUAAAAAUGGAGUAUUCCUACUAUAUAUCUUUUAAUCCACUAAGCCCUCAGAUGGAAGCAGCUCCAGGGAGGACCUCUCGUCUCAGCUCUUCCGGAGGAAUGAACAAAUCCGGAAGCUGGAAGUCAAGCUGUCUGGUAGGUGCCAUGUUGGGGGUGAGGGGUUAGCCUAAGAACACAGGUGCUCCCUGUUGUAUAGACAACAUUCAGACGUCAUACCUGUUCAAAGUACAGGGUGAGCCAAAAGUAGCCCUCUAGGCCUUCUAGACUCUGUCUAGGCCAUGCCUCUCAAUGGCCUGCUCCACACUGUCCUCUAGCAUGGCCCAAAUGUGUCCUUGGAUGUGAUCAUGUCUCUUGCUUGUGUAAAUAGAGGGUGGAAAGGGAUUUAUGUAUUUGCAGAGACCCUCUGAUAUCUAUGUGGCCAAAAAGUAACCUGCUAUACAAAAGAGUCACAUCCAUUGCUUUACCCCACUUUUGCUUCUAGCCCUGCCCACCACUGGCAUGUCUCCCCACCCCCCACAAAGGUUGUCUACAAAGGAAUGCAGCCCUCAAGCUCAAAAAUGUCCCUUAUCCAUUGCUAGAAUGGGCAGCACUCCCACCCUGUCACUUCUGUAGUCCACUGCUGUAAGACUCCAUUAAUCCUUCCACUGUCUGCACUUGGAUAGGCAGUCAAAAAUGACCAUUGCUCUUCUAACAUAUGAUGAUAAAACUGCUUCCAUUCUUUGAGCCAGCGGGGAUGGUGUAUGUGUGAUUUUAUAGAGCAUCAAGGUCUGGGUUUACACAUACUCUGUGCAACUAUACUAUGGGCUACCGAGAAAGGAAUGGCCUGCUGGAGCCACUCUGCUGGUCUUGGUAACUUGCCCUGCCCUUUCAGCAAUGUUUGAUUCUCUGUUCCUAGCAAAAUUCCUUCUGUCUGUACCUCUUCUUCAUACUUCAUGUGCAGUAGCAGUAUUUUGUUUUGCCUGGUGUUGAGGUGUGGCCGUUUGCCUCACCUUCCUUAACAGAAAUGAUUUUCAAGCAAAGGAAAUCAUUGUUCCUCUUCACUCACCAGGUUUUUUUCCUCCCCUCCUCCCGGUUUUUUCCCUCCUGUCUGCCCAUCUCUGGUUGGUGCUGCUGCCUCCUUCCCCCAAGAUUACGCCGAGCAGGUCCGAAACUUGCAGAAGAUUAAGGAGAAGCUUGAGAACGCAUUAGAGACCCAUCAGGAUUGUACGUACCCAUCUUCUUUCCAUUUCCCUUUUAAAAAGGGGUUAGAAGCCUCAGGAAGUAAAACUGUUUUUUGAACUUGAGCCAGCCAAGAAAAUUAUUAUUUGUGCUUGCUUGCUUGCAAAUGAGGAUGAAGGCACAGUUUGUAGGCCAGCAUGGACUUUAGUCUGGCUGUUCGAAACAGGUUUAUCACUAGCAAAAUCCUGAGGGGAGGAGGCAGCGUGUGAGCCUGAAUCUCAUUCUUGAAAUGGUAAGCUGUGGUUUGGCAUACACUUGAGCAGGCCCCUUAUUUACUUCCUCAUUUGUGGGAAAGCAGAUGAGGGGUGAGAUUUGGGCCUAGGAGAGAGUCAGAACUUAAUGUUGCUCAGUAUAGUGCUGCCUGAAGUGUAGCUGGGACAUUGAAAGAAGAGAAAGUGAAAUGAGCAGAGAACUGUGAAUGGUUCUUUAUUCUGAGAAGUAUAAUACAUACAAAACAUAGGCAUCUCUCAUACAAAGUUCUCAGCUGCUAUCUGCAGCUUCUGAAGGACCUGUGCAAGGUUCAGAGGUUUUUGAAUAUGCAGGGGGAGCAUCCGCCCCAAACCCCAGCUUGGGUCCUGUCGAAGAGUUACCUCAUUCUGUGGAGUAAUGUUCUGCUAAUGGGACAGUGCCAAGGGUCAGUGCCGGAACACAUGCUUUCCAUAUGGAAGGUCCUGGUGUGAUUUCCCCCCACCCCUGCCCCCCAAAUUUCCAGUUAAAACAAUUUCAGGCACUGUCCCACUAACCUCAGUCUACCCAUAGCCAAUAUCUGCCUGCCUGUUUUCUGACUCACAACAGUCCAGGGGAUGGCACUGCCUGUCAGCUUGCUGCUCCUUAAUCUCAGUGUUGCCCUUGUAGAACUCUGCAGGGAGGGGAAAGAGGACAAAACUAGAAUUGGUUAGCUCCACUUGUCACUGGCUGUGCCUCCACCUACCAUUGGACUCCCUGCCUUCUGCCCUACCAACCCCAUUGGGCACCAGCCACUACUGAUUUCAGGUAGCAGUCAUUAGCAAUUAACACUUUGCUGAGGGACUUGGGGACCUACUGCCAGUCAGAGCAGGCAGCAUUGGAGUAGCCUUGGCUCACUGUUAGGCAGUAACUUGCACUCCUAAGAUGGAAUGAUUCUGGGCCUUGGACACAGCAGCACCCAGGUGUUUCUCCGGCUCAUGUGUUGUCACCCGCAGCCUUUGUGAAGAAGCUCCAAGAGCAGAAUGAGGCUCAUCAAGCCAGCACGGCCAAGAUGGCAGAAGGCACGGUCUUGGCUCUGGAGAAGAAGGACCAGGUCAGUCAGGCUCAUGAAGCCUUUGUUGCCAUGCUUCCAGAAGUUCUGAGAUGGGUGAGGAGAGGGACAAGCCUUCCUGGACAACCCCACUCUGCCAGGUCCUCACUUUUUUCAGGCUUAGCAUGGUCAUUGCAGGGAAUGAAGAGGUUUGUAGACCAAACAAACAUUGAGGGGGCACUUUCCCCUCCCAUUCCUACUCUCCCAGAAAUAGUCUCUCAAGAUGGUUAUUAUUUGUUAAAUUUAUUAGUAACUUUUUUUGCCCUGGCAACUGAGAGCCACUUACAAUUACAGUGGUACCUCGGUUUUUGAGUGUCUCAGAAGCUGAACGUUUUGGUUUUCGAAAGCCGAAAACCUGGAAGGAAUUGCUUCCAUUUUCAAACGCGCCUUGGAAGUCAAAUGUAUUCUGCUGCAUGUUUUUUCAGUUUUCUCCAUUGAACUUGCAGCCAGCCCUUUGCUGGCUUUUGAACAUUGCGGAACUCGAACGGUCUUCCGGACUGUUUUUGUUUGGUGCCUAAAGAUAUGUAACGAUGGUACCAGGUGAGCCUCCCUGUGGGGAGAGCUUUCCACAAGUGAGGAGCCAUCACUGAAGAUUGAUUUGAUUGUAUUUCUGUGCUGCUUUUCAUUGAAAUGAAUCCCAAAGUGACUUACAAACAAUAAAUAACAGUAACAUAUUAAAACACAGUAAAACAUUACAAACACAGCAUAAAUCAUAUAAAAUAACAAAUAGUCAUGCUCCUUCUCUCUGAGACUGUCCCUUUAAGGAAGGGAGCCUCUCUGUGAUGCAAUAACAGCACCAGUUGCUGUUGCUCCUUUGAACUGUGCAGGAACUUUUCUGCUCCCUGGUUUGUUGCCAGCUUCUCCCUCAUUAUAGCCCCUCUGGCAUGCAAAUGUUGACCUGUCCUUUUCUUCCUUCCCAGGAAUGGAGGGAGAAGCUGUCACACCUUGAAAAGGCAAGUAGCUUACUUAGAGCUGGGCCCUAAAAUGUGCAAACAGACAGGAUCUCAUUUUUGGAGGCUGUAAUCUUCUCUUCCUUCCCUUCCCAAGUAGACUUCAAAUUUAGGUUCCAGCUGUGCUGCAGACAUCAUAAGCAGCUUGUCUCGGUGCCUCAUGUCCCUCAGUCUUCCAUGACAGUCUAGACUGUUGAAUCCUACAGACAUUUCUUGAUAGCAAAAGCAUUAUGUGGUCUUGCAGGGUUACCAGCAGAAUGAUGUAAAUUCUCUCUCCAUAAGGCAGGAAGGUGGGAAACUGCUCCCCCCCCUCCGCAGGAUGUUUGGCUUCCAACUCCUCUCAGCCUCAACCAGCUUGUCUGGUGACAGGGGGUGAUAGGAGUUGUAGUUUGCCAACAUCUGGAAGGCCAUGGGUUUCCCUCUGCUGGGCUAGGGAAAUAUUAUUGUGAUCCUUGAAAGAGAAGCAGAAAACCAUUCCCUAGAACACUUGAAUAAGAGAAGCUUGUAAAAGGCUUCCAGAUUUCCCCCUAUAUUCUUGAGGCCUAGAAUCUUGAACAAAAAAGACUUCUAGUUACUUGAACACCUAUACUACUUAUGGAGAACAAGCAGUAGAAUAAUUACCGGAUUAGAAGAAUAUUCUGAAUACUUAGGUACAAUUCUCAAACUUUAAAAUGCUCCUGCUGAAUGAAAGACAGAGACUACUCUGCUUGUAGCACCCCUCGACAAUGGAGAGUGUGGCAAUGGCCAGAUGCCUUGAAAACAAGGUCAGCCUGCGACACCCCAACUUACACCUGGUAGUACCUCUCAGUUUAUCCUUACCCCUGAGCAAGAGAACUCCCAAAGCUGCUGCUUCAUUUUCUGCUGCAAGGGAUGUGGCUUUAAGGGUCUCUCGUUCCCAAGGGUUGCAUCCAACUAAGUUCUAAUCAGAGUAAACCCAUGGAAAAUAAUGGACUAGCACUGGAUGCAGCCUCCAGUUGAGUGGAGGGGUGUUCUGUUUGCCAUCCUUGAGGGGACCCCUGGAAAACUAACCAAGCCAAACCUUUUGUCGCCUGGAACUGGUAUGUGUGCAGUACAACUGAUCUGAGUGCUGGAUGAGAAACAGAGGAAGCUCCAUCAGACUGGGUGUCUGUUCCUAAAGCCUCACCUGAGAAACUAGGGUGGUGCUAGUGGGUCCCAGAAAAGCUCUUCAUUGUGAGAUUUCUGGGGCAAUUUGUGGGUUGUUUGGGUCCUGGGUGAGAACCAGGAGGAUGAGAGCUUUUUUCUAUAAAUAUUAGUAAUUUGUAUACAUGGUUUUAUUGUAUAUUUUGUAGCAUUUGUUGUUGCUCUUUCAGUUUUAUUUACACAGAAUAGAGAUAAUAUCUAUGACAGACCUUAGCUAGAUUGCGUAAGAACAUCAAGACCCACCACAAAAUCCUUGUUGUGAGUACUUUUUGAUAUAUAGGGCCUUUGCAGAUCGGCCUUCCUCCCACCAAGCAGAACACUGGACGAUCUCCCCCUUUUCAGAUCUUAAUUGGCUUUUACACUGAAGCUGGGAAAUCCCCCUAAUCUUCUUUUCUAUGUGUUGGCUGCUCAACAGGAGAAGAAGCUCCUUUCGGCACAGCUGCAAGAGAUGAAAGAGCAGAGCUUGAACCUUUUCCAGAAAAGGGAUGAGAUUGAUGAGUUGGAGGGCUUCCAGCAGCAGGAGCUGGCUAAAGUCAAGCACAUGGUGAGUGAUCCCAAGGGAGGCCCAUUUGGGGUAGGGCAGCUAGACCCAGCCUAGACCUCUGGGACAUAAUCCAGGAAGCCCUUGCCUUUAUAUUCCACUGACCGCCCCCACUCCCCAGCUGGUCUUCCUCUUUUUCUCUCUUAUCUACCCUUGGGCUUAUUGGACUCUGCCUUCACCCUUUAGUUUAUUUACUACAUUUAUGUUCUACCUCUUUUUCACCGUGGGAAUCAAAGGGGAGUACAUGGGCAAUCUCAAAGUAGGAAUAUCAGAAGCUUGUCCUGUUUAGCUCAGUAUUGUCUACACUUAACAUCAGCAGCUCUCCUGGGUUUUAGUCAGGAGACAUUAUCAGACUGUCCUGGAGAUGUCAAGGAUUGAACAUGGGACCUUCUGCAUGCAAAACAAAUGCUUUUCCACUGAUCUGUAGUCCUUCCCUUAAGACACAGGGGCAUUGGAAGCCAUCCUACAACUCCCACCAGCCCCAGCAAGCACAGCUCAGAGGUCAGGCAUGGUGGGAAUUACAGUGCACCUACAUCUGGAUGGCAUUAAACUGGCCACUCCUGCCAUAUUCCAAGGUAGCACUGUACUGAGAAGUUCCCUCUGCCUCUGAGAGCUAGCUGAUUGAUAUGUGGUUUUGUUGUUUGUUUUCUUUAAAACAUGCAGCUUUUGAAGAAGGAAGAGUCACUGGCCCAGAUGGAGCAGGAAUUGGGGUCCUCCACACAAGAGCUGCAGCGCACUCAAGAGGAGCUGCAGACCUUUCGCACUUUGUCCUCCCGCCAGGCAGCAGAGUUACAGCAACUACGAAAGCAGCAUGCAGAGCUGGAAGCAGAGAGGUUGGGAAAAGGAUGUUCUGUUUAGACCCUCUGGGUGUCUUGUCCUGGACAGGCUUUGUGUGCCUGUAAAUUCUUAUUUAUUUAAAAGCAUCUCCUCUUGGCUGCACGAGUUUGGCAAUGUGCCCUUUUAGAGAAAACACAAAAACUCAGGGCAGCCAGGGGAUAGUAGGUGAAAGACCCAUUUGAGAAAAUAUGGGUAGCGUUUAUUGAGCCAUCAUGGUGUUAUAGUUAGAGUGUUGGACUACAGCCUGGAAAACCAGGGAUCAAAUCCCCAUUUGGCCCUGAAGUUCAGUGGGCCAGCCAGUCACUCUCAGCCUCACCUACGUCACAGGGUUGUGAGGAUAGAGUGGGAAGAAGAAGCAUGUGCGCCACCUUAAGCUUCUUUUAGGAAAGGCAGAAUCUUUAUGUGAUAAUUUUAAGAUAUGCCAGCGUAAAGGAUAAUGUUUUCUCCUUGUCCUUCAUAUAUUCUAGACCAGUGCUACUCAAAAGUGGUGGUCCAAGGACUGGUGCUGGUCCACGAUCCAUUGGCUGCUGGCCAGUGGCAGCCCCAUCACAGCCCAGGUUGGAUGGGAUGCUUCCGGGACCAAAUAUGGCACCAGAAUCUGGGAUGUUGGGAGGGAAAAAAUAGCUGGUCCACCACAUCAGAAUACUACUCUAGACUAUGGACCUUUUGAGUUACCUCUUUACCUUGAAACCCUGUAGAAGAAAUAUAAACAUAAGCUGAUGAGUUUGCAUUGUUACUGAGCUGUCUUAAGCCUGUUAUGUUAAUGGCUCACUCUUUGCAUCGGUAUUGUUUGUUUCAUUUUUUAAUCUGUAUCUUGAAAACAGUUUAAUGAACAAUUUUUAAAAACCAUUUCUAAAGUGCUUAAUGUUUUAAAGAUUUCUAAGCGGUGUACAAUAGAAAACCAAACAAUAUCAUCAAAACGAUGGGGCUGAUGGAAGUUGGCAGGCCCAGGUUUCUCAUGCCUACUCUAAGGGGCAGACCUAAAACCACUGCCAUCUCCAUAAGACAGGUCAUGGGGGCACCAUUUCAGAGCAAAUGAAAUAAAGCUUCCUGUGGUUGGAUAUGAAACCAUUAUCUCAGCUUAGACCUAACACACAGAAUUGAACUUCUUGCUCAGGGAACCUAUGGCCGUCCAGAUAUUCUUGGACUUCCCAAAUCUUUUGUUCCUGACCACUAGCCCACUUGGCUGGGCUGAUAGAAGUUGGAGUCAUAACAAUAUAUGGAGGGCACCAUGUUGGCUAUCCCUGAUCUCUGGCCUUCAAGUUAAAUUUCUCUUCCUCCUUUCAUUUCCUCCCCUCACAGGGAUGAGCUCAUCGAUGCAGAGGAGAAUGCAGAAAGCAAGAUCACAACCUUAGAGCAGCGGAGCCAGGAGCUCCAAGCGUACAUUCAGCAACUGUCAGUAGAUCUACAAAAUGUAAGUGGGAGAUUCUCUUCUCUUACUCACAUACAUCAGAUGCCUCUCUUGCAAGCAGAGAGUGUGCUUAAAAGCCUUCCUUUUCCCUUCGAAUGAAUUGAAAGAUAGUAGAGAAAUUAAAUAAUAUUUUUUAUUAUUUAAUUUACAUUAUCAUUAGUUCCGGUAGUAGUACUGUUGUUAUUAUUAUAUCAUUUCUAUACCACUUUAUAUUUUUAAGGGGGGGAAAUCUCAAAGCAGUUUACAACAUGCAUUGGAACUACAUUAAAACAAACAAUUAAAAACAUAGCAAUUAAAACAGUGAAAAGACGGUGAAAACAAUAAAAUCACAAGUCCAGUUCAGGAGAAGUCUUGCCCAAGCAGGUGUGUCUUCAGGAGCCAGCAGAAUGCCAAUGCUGAUGGGAGCAUCUCCUAUUUCAGCAGCAGGGAGGGCACCUACUAAAAACAUUUUUGUUUCAGCAAACCUACACUGAUACAUAGAAUAUUGACAUGUGUUUUAAUAUGUUUUUUAGCUUAUUGUUAAUUUUAAUUAUCUUUAAAAUGUUUUUAAACACUGUUCUUAACUUCAUUAUUGAUAUCUUAUUGUUUAAUUCUCUUUGUAUACCACUUGGAGGGUUGUUUUCUUUAAGCAAUCAAGUGGUUUAUAACUUUUAUGGGGGGAAUUCAGUAGGUGUCCAACUAAACUCUACUUAGAGUAGGCCUAUUGAAACUAAUGACUCUAAGUUAGCCAUGUCCUUUAAUUUCAGUUGGCCCACCCUUGACUGGGACUAAAGUUGUGUACAACCCAUUGAAAAUGGUUUUUAUUUCAAUAACUUUUUUCUUUGUUCUUGGGUUUCUUUGCUUUUUCUUUGCAUGGCUGCUCUAAUUGUUUUUUCCUCCACAUUGUCAUUGUUAAUCUUCUUGAGCCCCAUUUGGUGGAAAAGUGGGAAAACCCAAUAACUAAUAAAGCAUAUAUUUUAGGCUCAAGUAUCUGCCACCAGUUGUGAGAAGCGAUUGGAAGCACUGCAGCGAGAACACAACUCUCUGAAACAGGAGUAUGAACAGAAUAAGCAAAAGGUAUGGCCUGGAUGUUAUCAGAUUGAGAAAUAGGGUAAGCAGACCCCCAGGGUUUGGGCAUUUCUGCAAUGAAGAAGAGAAUGCUAUGUGAUGAUACAGAUAUUUCAGCAACCAGAAAAACUGGAAUUGAUGUGCAGACAACCUGGUGCCCAUGGGUGCACGAAUCAGUACCUCCUAUGGCUCCUGUGAAAGAUCUUAGUAAAUAUGCCAAUCAGAAAUCCCCAUUGCACAAAAGUGAGAGACUGGUUCUUCUCCCUGCUCAGUGCCUGAUUGCAAAUGCUCAGCCUCUCCUACAUUGAUGGGUAUGCCCGCUUCAAUGUGCCCAUGUUUAUUUAGAAUUCAUUGCAGAGCAAACGUAUGUCUCUCGACAGAUGAUUGUUGAGGUGGAGGAGAAAAGCCAACUUGUGAGCCACUUGCAGGAGAAAGUGACCAUCCUGGAGAAGCACUUUGAAGGGAAUCUCUCUGGUGACGAGCAUGUCCAGGAGCUGCUCAGGGAGGUAAAUGUGGGGCGUUUAGAAGGGGUUGCAAGAGUGCUGUACUGAGGCCAUCAAAUCUUUUCAUGCAGUCCAUUGUUUCAUCAUCCAUGAAGAUGUUCUUUAGGGCUGGGUACCGGCCUUGUGGAAGCUGCUGAGCUUUCACACUUCCAGUAAAAUGCUGUUUGUAGAGACAAAUGGAACUGGCCACACAUGUUGGCAGUGUGGAGUGCUCCUUUGUAGUGUCUCAGCCAGCCGUGCCCUCCUCUACAGUACUCCCUUCCACCCACUGCUGUCAACCAGUAUCCUACGCUCACUGAGCUUGCUCAGUAUUCACUGGACUGUUUUGAGGGGUUUGUUUUUCUCCCCCUUAGUGUUCCCCCUGCUAAAGAUUUUGUUGAUGUUCCCCCGAGCCUACUGAUACAACUCCCCUUUCACUGAGCAAGCAACAACACUCACCACCUGAAAAUCAGUAAUGGAAGAAUGGAUCUUUUAGAUCCUUCCUGCUGCAUCAUUGGCUAAUGAUGCUUUCUGGUCAGAGCCUGGCUUUAAGGAUUUUGAUAGCAUGGGCUCAGUUCAUUCUGGAUGUAGAGCAUGGUCUUCUGAAAGGGCGGGGCUGCCCAUUCUGAUGGGUCUUAAAACAUCAAUCAGAUAUGAAUUCAGCUUAGCAAUGUCAUUGUCCUCACUUGGUUUAGGUUUGGCAUGGCCCUAACUUUUCCCUUGAGUGAGUAGUGAGUAUUUACAUGCCACCCAGGAAUACUAAAUACUGUGAGAAGUUUGGCUGGCAUUAGACCAGAUUUUUGUUUUAUGUCCAAGAGUGGAGAACCUUCGGCUUUCCAGGCAUUUUCUGAACUACAACUCCCAUCAUCCACAGCCACCGGCUGGGGUUGAUGGGCAUUAUAGUUGAUCUCUCUGGAGGGCCCAAGGUUCUCUACCACUGUUUUAUUUGUUUGCAGUCUUUGCACCUGCCCUUUAGAAAAGUCAGCACUAAGACAGGCUCUGCCCUCAAGGCUCACAAUCAAAAAAAGAGACUGCACAUGAGAAAAAAUGAAUGGGAAGGUGGAGGAAGCAAACAAGCUCAAGCACAAGUUAUUCAGGUUGCAGUUCUUCAACUUACAGCCAGUGUCAAUGGAGGUUCUGUUUGUCUUGCCCUUCGUAAAGAGUAGACCCUUCCUUGAAGCUUUCCCCACCCACGUCACUCAGAACCAGGGGCAGAUCUGGUGACAGCAUCAAGGCCAGGAAGACAGGACAGUUCCUGCUGCACAGUUCUUCCCUCACAUAGCUGCCUACUUGACUUCUAGGAGCACAAGAACCUGCCUCUUUUUGAGUGAGACUGUUGGUCCAUCUGGCUCAGUGCUGUCUACACUGACUGGCAGGGGCUUUCCAGGAUUUCCAGCAGGAGUAUUUCCCAGCCCUAGCUGGAGAUACAAUUUGGGAUUGAACCUAGGACGUUCUGCAAGGCAGAUUCUCUGCCACUAAGCUAUGGCCCUUUCCCUACUUUUCUGCAGCAUUUUCCAAUUCUAUUACAGUUUUGGCUGCAGACUUUUAAUGAUGCCAUGUAGAAAACUCUUGCUUAAUGAUUCUCUGUUUCGUUUGCGUGGUUGCUCUGUACUUUUAUUAAUUUAUAUGCAUUUUUGUGUGUUCUGUUUUCCAUUGUAUUUUGUUGACUGCUUGGAGGGCCACCAAGUUGUGAGACAUCAACACAUAAAAGCCAUAGUAACAAUAAUAUUAGUAGUCAUUGCAUUUUCUCCCCUUUCUAGAAAAGUGCUCUGGAACAGAGACUGGAGGAGGCCAGGCAGCAGCUUUUAGCUGCACGGACAAGCCAUGCAGAGAGUUUAAGUCUUCUGGAGACUCAGGUACACAAGGCAGGAUUGCUUUCUGAAGCCUGGGAUGGUGCUUAGUGGUUGGUGAAUUACAGCCUUCUCAUACUUUCUGGGGUGGGGGAUUCCUCUUGGCUUGGUCAAGCCAGGUACUCAGUUUGGAGGGGCUCUCUUCUCAUGGUUUUCAGGACCAUUGCUCUGCCCUGGAACAUGUUAUGUAGUAGGAAUAGAGUUUCUCUGAGCAUGUGCUGAGCGCUUUUCCUUGGCUGCUGAGUAUCUGCAACCAACCUUUUAUAUAUUUGGAGGAGAUGGUUUUCAGGGCAAGCGGCAGCCUUUCCAGGCCAUAGCACCUGUUUAAUAAAAAUAAUAAUAAAUAUUUCUGAUCUAAGACUUGGUUUCAGGAGGAAGGUGUGAGUGAAGCACACGUUCAGGAAAGGCACGAAGUGUUGUGUGCCCUGGGCUGUACCACUUUGGACUGCUUGUGGUGGCAGGAAUCACAUCUUUUGAGCAAUCCCUCACAUAAUCACCCCUAAAGAACAGGCUGUAGCUCAACAGGAGUGCAUCUACAUUGAAUUUAGAAUUUAGUUCAGUCCCCAGUAUCUCCAGGUAAGGCUGGGAAAGCCCCAGUCCUGAAAUCCUUGAGACAGAGGCGUAGCAAGGUCAGAUGGUACCCAAUGUGGAAUUUUUUUGUCACACCCUCUCCCCACAUUGACAGCUCGAGGUAGACUUGGGAGUCUUGGGAGUCAGUGAUGAUACCUGGGGCAGUCCACCCCCUUGCCCCUGCCCCCCUGCCUAGCCCUGCCUACACCCCUGACUGUAAGGCUCAUUGGACGCAGUUGGACUUACUUCUGAGUGAACAUAUAGGAUGGCGCUUGCAAGCUGACCCAAGGGACGUGUUCCUGUAGAUCACUCACAUCAAGUAAAAUGGAUGUCUAAGGAACUUACUCCUGAGUAAGGAGUCAACCUUGAAAGCAGCCCAGCUGCCAUCCCCAAAUCAUCCCCCACCCCCGGCAUUCCCCACAAAAUUCAGAAAUUGAGGGCUUCCACUGAAUUGGGUUGGGCCAAUUCUGGACCUGAGAGGGUGCAGCCCCAAGUGUGCUUACUCGGAAGUAAGCCCUAUCCAGCUCGGCUAGCAAGCGUCCUCGCAGUGGGAUCCUAUGCAUGUUUCCUCCCUCACUGAGCAUGGCGAGGGUUACUCCCUAGCAAGGCUGCUUGCAGCCACAUUCCAUAUCUUAAGUACGCUUGAAACCCUCAUGCUAAAACAAGAAAUCAGGACUUCGAACCAGAUGUGAUAACUCAAAAGUUAUUAUUAUUAUUGGCCUGAACGCAAUGGGAUUUCCUUCCUUGGAAAGAGGCUUGGGAUUGUGGUUGUGGUCAUUUGAAUGGGACUUGCCCCUAAGAAGGGUUUGAGUAUGGGAGAGGGCGGGUUACUCGUGCGUAAAGCCCUUAGUAUGAAUACUUAUGGCCUGAGCCCAAGCGUGUUUAUUCUGAAGUAAACCCUGCGUGGAUUGGGACUGUCUCCCACAUAAAUUGGCUGGAAAUGGAAGCCAUAGGCUGCAAUCUGCUCAGAUCAAUGGUGGGAGGAGAACCGAGGCUCAUUCGGCACCAGCAAGUUGGGGACAGGAGACUGUAGGGAAGCUGUUGUAGAUAUUAUCAUUAUUAUUAUUUAUAGAAAGUAGUGCUUCUUUGCUGCUCUUUUCGCGCUGCCUGCUCACUCCUGUUUGGAGCAGCCGCCUUCUGCCCAAGCUGCUGCGGAGGUAAAUGGAAUGAGCUGGUUGGUGCCAGGAAUGUGUGCCCCUUCCUCCGGGUGGGGCUGCCUGGAACCGCACCAGCUGAAAGUAAUUGCUGGCCAGUUGGCACCUUGAGUAGCAGACAGAGAAGGCAGCAGUGGUGGCAGCUCUCAAUGGCAAGAAAUACCUUCCCGUCCCAAGGAUUAUCUACGACUAGGGACGGACGGAUACUCAGUUUCUUAAAGUGAGCGCUUUCCUUUUUUAACGAAACAGACCAGGAGACCCCAGUGAGACGGAGCUGCGUGCUGCCUUCACCCCAGUUCAUCCCGCCAUCUCACCCCACCCCUCACUCCGUGCAGCUUCCUGGCGCCAUUCAUAACUUCAUGCUGAGGACUCCCACGUGCGGGAGAAAACUACUUAUCCAAUAGCAAGCCAGCCCACCCCUGCCGCUGCAUUCCAUUUUGAGCCCUUUUGCUCGUGGCUUACCAGAUGUGGGGGUGCCUCCCCCCCGUCUUCUCGUCCUGCAGUCAGUCACUGGAGGAAGCAAAGGGAGUGUUCCCCCUCUCUCUCACGCGCCUCCUCUCGCUCCUUCCCUUCUGGGAGAUGCUGUAGCUUCACGCUCAUUCACCCAGCUGCGCCAAGAGGAGCCUUUCUGGCGCCAUUUCCCAUGCGUGCGCAUCUACUCGCAAGGUCCUGGUGCCAAACGGGGGGUGACAUUCAGCACCCUCCGCCUGCCCAUGACUCCCAAGCCUACAGCGAGUGGCAAAGCAAAGCAGCAGCAAAGCACCCCCGCUUUGCCGCUAGCUUUAGGCUUAGGAGUCAUGGGGGGGGGGCGCUGAAUGUUGCCCCCCUUCAGGAUGGUACCCGGGGCGGUCCACCUGCCCCCACGCCCCUUUGCAACACCAUUGCCUUGAGAACUGCUACAGUCAGUGCAGAUAAUGCUGCAGUUGGUAGACUUAGCUUGUUAUUUAAUUCAGCCAUUUAUACAGAAGUGUGAGCACUAGAACCUUCUUUAUUUUCAAGGGAAAGGCCUUAGCUUUGUGGUAGAGUACCUGCCUUGCAUGCUGAAGGUCGCAGGUGGUUCAAUCCCCAUCAUCCUCCAGGUAGGGCAGGAAGAAACACUCUUCCUGAAACCCUGGAGAGCCAAUCAGGGUAGAUGGUACUUAACUAGAUGGACCAAUGGUCUAACUCUGUAUAGGGCACUUCCCAUCUCUCUUCUUCUUUUUCUCCUUCUUCUUCUUCUCUUCCUCCUUCUUCUUCAUAUACCGCCCUAUACCUGCAGGUCUUAGGGCAGUUUACAAAAUAAAAUUAGAAUAUAAAACCACAAAAUAUAUAAUCAAAAUAAAAACAACAACAAUCCAAUAACACCCCCAACACUUUUUAAAAGGGCCUAUGAUGUCAAUCAAAUCAACCAAAGGCCUGGUUAAAAAGGAACGUUGUUGCCUGGUGCCUAAAAGUGUAUAAUGAAGGCAUCGGGCGUUUUAUUUAUUUUUAUAUCUAUCUCUAUAUCUCUACGUAAUUUUAAACUGGUUGUGGUUUUAUGGGGGGUGAGGAGAGGGGGCUGUUUAGGUCAUAAUAAACAUUACUUCACUUGCUUCAAAAUGUGGCCCCUCUGGAUUUGGGGGGCCCCUCCUGCUUGUGCUGCUGAGUGAGGGCUUAGACCUCUACCCCAAAGUCCCACUGUAGCAGCACUGCUGGCCCUAUAUUCUGUCGUGAUCCGUGGUGGAGGGAGGGAGACCCGCAACAUUCAAGCGUGGGCUCCUUCAUGGUACAGCCAGUGAAAGCUGCACCCUGCAGUUCUCCUGGCUUUGGGUCAUUGGUCCUGUCUGUUGCCUCCUAGAUUGACAAACUGAACUGCCAGUUGGCUGAAAGGCAGGUGUGCCUAAGCAUAAGAGAGGAGCUUGUGCAGAGCCUCCAGGAAAGUAGUUCACCACAGGUAGGGGCCAUCACGUCAGCUGGUCUAUAUCUCUUUCCUCUUCCCCAAAUUGGGAGGUAGGCUGGCUGGGGUGGUGUGUGCAUAGAAUCAUAGAAUUGUAGAGUCAGAAGGGAUCCAGAUGGUCAUCUACUCCAACCUCUUGCAAAGCAAGUAUCUCAACCAAAGCAUCCAUGACAGAUGACUGUCCAUCCUUUGCUUUAAAACCUCCAAGGAAGAAGAAUCCACCACUUUCCAAAGGAGUUCGUUCUACUGCUGAACAGCUCCUACUGUCAGAAAGUUCUUCCUGAUGUUUAGUUGGAAGCUCCUUUAUUGAAUCCAUUGGUUCAGAUCCUACAUUCCAGAGCAGGAGAAAACAAGUUUACUCUGUCUUCCAUGUGACAGCCCUUUAGAUAUUUGAAGAUGUCUAUCAUAUCACCUCUCAGGUCUCCUCUUCCAGGCUAAAUAUACCCAACUUCCUCAACCAUUCCUCAUAAGGCUUGGUUUCCAAACCUUUGAUCAUCUUGGUCACCCUCCUCUACACACGUUCCAGUUUGUCAAUAUCCUUCUUAAAUUAUGGUACACAGAAACUGGACACAGCACUUCAGGUGUGGUCUGACCCAGACAAAAUAGAGCGGUACUAUGACUUCCCUUGACCUAGACACUAUACUUUUGUUGAUGCAGCCUAGAAUAGCAUUAGCUUUUUUCCCCUGCUGCAUCUCACUGUUGAAUCAAGUUGAGCUUGUGCUCCGAUAAGACCCUUAGGGCUUUUCACACAUACUUCUAGUAAGCCAGGUGUCUCCCUUAUUUUUUUAUUUAAAGAUUUUCUUGCUUUAUAAAAGUACAUGCAUUCUCUCUUUUUUCAGGUUGUACAAGUCUUACAAAUCAGUUACAUUUGUUGUGAGACAUUUGUGUUGAGUACAGUAUAAGGUUGGGGAAGAAGAGGGGAGAGAGGAGGGCUGGGGUGGUGAUGCUUAUAUUUUGUAUAGUGUAUGUGUGGGGUUUUGUUUCAGUGUCAACUGGGUAGGUUCUCUUUCUAUUUGUUUAUUACAUUUCCUUGGUAGUGAGUGGUAUUGGGGAGCAGGGUGUGGUUGGUUGUCUGUGGUUAUCUGCAGUGGGGUUUGUUUGCAUUUAUGGGGAUGGGAGGGUUUGUUGGGUCAGAUAAGCCAGAUUGAUUCAUAUGCUAUCAGUGGAUUUUUAUCGUUGUCUCAUUGGGCUGUGUAUGUGAUAAAGGGGAGCCAUACUGGGGUGAAGGUGUCCUCUUCUAUUUGUUCCCGUGUCGGUUUCAGUUUAUUGGAUAGCGUUUCCCAUACAAUUUGAUACUAUUGGCCCAUGUUUACUCCUGACAGGUCCCUCCAGUGUCUGGCUAUGAGGCUUCUGGCUGCUGAGAGUAGGUGGUUUAUAAGUUCUGCAUAAUGUGAGUGGACAUUAUGAUCUUGGAAGAUGUUCAGUAGGGCCAGUUCUUGGGUGAGUUCUAAUACCUGUUUAGUUAUUUUGCAUAUCUCUUGUAGGACUGCUGUCCAGAAGGGUUGGAUUUUAGGGCAUUCCCACCACAUGUGGAGGUAUGUGCCUGUGGAGGUGCAGCUUCUUCAGCAUCUUGGUGAGGUUCCUGGGUGUAUCAGCACUAGUUUCCAUGGUGUUAAGUACCACCUGUAGGUGAGUUUCAGAGUGAGUUCCCUUCUUUUGGCUGAUAUGGACUUAAAGGGAGGUUUAGACCACAUUCUAGUCUAUUGGGUGAGGUUAAUUUCAUAGUCUAUGUUGAGCUCCCAUUGUUCUUUGAUUGCGUCAAGAGGGGUUGUGGGAUUUUGGACCAGUAUUUUGUAUAUUGUGGAUACCAUCCCUUUGCCAUGUCCCUCUGCUAUUGGGAGAAGGUUUUCGAAGGUGGUCAAGGGCCUAGUGGCUGCUUAUUUAACUGCUGGGUUGUUUAAGAGGGCAUGUAUUUGGUGAUGUGUUAGCCAAGGUAUUUGGGUGUCUCCUAGUUUGUCUUGUAUUUCUUGUGUUGGUAUGGGUUUGUUGUUUUUGUAGAAGUCUUUUAAACAGUGUAGACCUUUGGCUUGCCAAGUUUUUAUCUGGAUGUUUUGUGCUGCAUGUUGGAAUAGUAGGUUAGUGCGGAUGGGGAUAAUCUGCCUAGUUUGUUUUAGAGAAAUGGGUAUGCUGUUGCAAGGAUGUUUUUGAUUGAGUCUCUCUCCAAGUGAACCCAUUUUUUUUGUCUUCUAGAAUAUGCAGGAUUAUGUGGCAUACAUGGUUGGCGAUGUACCGUAUUUUUCGCUCCAUAGGACGCACUUUUUCCCCUCCAAAAAUGAAGGGGAAAUGUGUGUGCGUCCUAUGGGGCGAAUGCAGGCUUUCGCUGAAGCCUGGAGAGCGAGAGGGGUCGGUGCGCACCAAUGCCUCUCGCUCUCCAGGCUUCAGGAAGCUAUCCGCAAGCCUUGCAAGCCCGGUGGGAGUUCCCGCAGGCUCACAAGGCUUGCAGGCAGCAGCCUGCAGCCCCGGCGAGUGUCCGCAAGCCUUGCGUGCCCGGCAGGAGGUCCCGCCGAGCGCGCGAGGCUUGGGGCGGCAGUUUGUCGCCCGAGCACGGGAGCCCUCUGGAGGGCUCCCCGUGCUCGGGCGAGUGUCUGCAAGCCUUGCGCGCCCGGCAGGAGGUCCCGCCGGCGCGCGAGGCUUGGGGCGGCAGCUUGUCGCCCGAAGCACGGGGAGCCCUCUGGAGGGCUCCCCGUGCUUCGGGCGAGUGUCUGCAAGCCUUGCGCGCCCGGCAGGAGGUCCCGCCGAGCGCGCGAGCCUUGGGGCGGCAGCUAGUCGCCCGAGCACGGGGAGCCCUCUGGAGGGCUCCCCGUGCUUCGGGCGAGUGUCUGCAAGCCUUGCGCGCCCGGCAGGAGGUCCCGCCGAGCGCGCAGGGCUUGGGGCGGCAGCCUGUCGCCCGAGCACGGGGAGCCCUCCGGAGGGCUCCCUGUGCUUCGGGCGAGUGUCUGCAAGCCUUGCGCGCCCGGCAGGAGGUCCCGCCGAGCGCGCGAGGCUUGGGGCGGCAGCCUGCAGCCCGAAGCACGCGGAGCCCUCCGGAGGGUGCCCCAUGCUUCUUGCAGGUGUGCACAAGGCUUGGGGCGGCAGCCGCGGCGGGGGGGGGAAUAAUUUUUUUUAUUCAUUUCCCCCCCAAAAAAACGAGGUGCGUCCUAUGGGCCGGUGCGCCCUAUAGAACGAAAAAUACAGUAAUUUGAUUCUGUAUUGGGGAUUCCCCAUCCUCCUCUUGAGGAGGGCAGGUGCAGGUAUUUGGGGCUUAUUCUUGGCUAUUUGUGUGAGAAAAUAAACAAGUGUAGUUUUUUCUGCCACUUCUGAAGCUGGGUUGGGGGAAUCUAGAUUGGGAGGGUUUGGAAUAAAUAGGUUAGUUUUGGGAAGGUGAUCAUUUUGAUCAGGGGUAGGCAACCUAAGACCCGGGGGCCGGAUGCUGCCCAAUCGCCUUCUCAAUCCGGCCCAUGGACGGUCCAGGAAUCAGCGUAUUUUUACAUGAGUAAAAUGCGUCCUUUUAUUUAAAAUUCAUCUCUGGGUUAUUUGUGGGUCCUGCCUGGUGUUUUUACAUGAAUAGAUGGUGUGCUUUUAUUUAAAAUGCAUCUCUGGGUUAUUUGUGGGGCAUAGGAAUUCGUUUUGUUUUGUUUUUCAAAAUAUAGUCCGGCCCACCACAUGAAAAAGGUUGCUGACCCCUGAUUUUGAUCAUUGCUAUUUUGUCUGAGAGGGUGAAACUGGUGUUGUUCCAUUUCCUCAAUUCUCUGUUGAUUUGUCGCCACAGCUGCUUGUAAUUGUAGAGGUAUAGUUUGUUGAGGUCUUUGGUUAUUUGAACCCCUAGGUACCUGAAUUUGAUGCAGCAGAAUUUUAUCUUUGUAAUGUUGGUGAAUUCCUUUUGGGUAUGCAGGUGGGAGGUGGUAGUGUUGAAGCACAUAGCCUCAGAUUUUGCAAAGUUUACUUGUAGGGCCAACACCAUUGUGUUGAGUUCUUUGUUUAGGAUGGUUGCUUUGUUUAUGGGGUCUGGUGUUAUGACCAUCAGGUCGUCUGCUAAGAGCCUUAGUUUGUAGUUUUUACCUUUUAUUUCCAUACCCUUGGUAUCUGGGGCUGCUCGCAGUAGGAUUGCUAGGGUUUCCAGGACCAGGAUGAAUAGGAAGGGAGACAGUGGGUGUCCUUCUUUAGUGCCUCUUCAGAUUGCUAUAGUAUUGGAGUCCAUAUUGUUAAUUCUGCAUUUUGCUGAGGUUUGGGAGUACAUUUGUUUGAGGGUUUGUAGGAAGUUGGUGCCAAAUUUCAUGUUAGUUAAUACUGCUAAUAGCUAUUUCCAUUCUAAGCAAUCAAAGGCUUUAAGGAUGUCUAGGGACAUGUCUAGGGAUGUCAGUAGGAGUUUGAUCGUUUUGCUGUGUUCUAUCAGAUUCAGUAGUUCAGUAGUUUCCUAAUGGGGUUUGUUAUGUUACGACUAGGGGCAAAACCUGCUUGGUCCAGGAUGAUAAGUUUGCAUAAGAAGAUUUUUAGGCUUUUAGCCAGGAUUGAUGUGAAUAUCUUGUAGUCUUGGUUUAUCAAUGAGAUUGGGUGGUAUGAUUCUAUUUUGAGGCUAUCUUUGAGUGGUUUUGGGAUAGAGACUAUUUUCGAAGAGGUCCAGGUUUUGGGGAUGGGGGCUCCUUUUAUGAUUUCGCUAAAUGUUGGUGGCUGUGUGUUGUGUUGUGUCAGUUGUUACAAUGAGGCGAAAGGGGAAGCCCCAUUGGUACUUGAUUCCUACUUGUUUGGAUACAUAGUUGUAGGUUUUUUCUUCGGUUUAGGGUCUCUUGCGAUAUAUCCUGAAAGGCCAGGAUGGGAUCUUCUCCAUAUCAGAGAUUGGUUGUGUUUCUGAGGUUGUUCCAUAUUUCUUCUUCCUUUUUGUAGCAGGUAAAGCCCACAAUGAUGUCUCAUGGAGGGGUGUUGGCUUUUGGCAUGGGUCUUAGAGCGCUAUGUGCCCUUUCCAGAUCAUCUACUUUGAGAUUCAGGUUUGGGAUUGUGGUUUUUAGCCAGCAUACAAUGAGAUUGGCCGGGUUUUUGUCCUUCAUUUUCUCUGGGAAAUUGCAGAAGUGGCUAUUGCAGUGUCUACUGCAAUCUUUAAGGGCUGCUAGUUUAAUUGUCGCUUCCAUGCUUUCUCUUUCUUGGCGGCAAUCCGUAUCAGCUAAUUUAUUUUUCAGACAUGUGUUUUCCUUUCAGAAUUGCUCUACAGUACUUGUUUGAGUUGCAUCUGGUUUUCCUUUUUUAGAAUGGAGAUGGUGCCAGUGGGGGUCUCCACUUUAGAGGUCAGGUCGCUGAUUAUCAUCUUCAGGGGAGUAACUGUGUUCUUCAACAGUUCUGCUAGAUUCAGUUCCAUUUCCCUCAGGUCCCUUUUGUGGUUGGGCAGUUGUCAUCAUGGGGGGGAUGUUGCGACUUCCUUUUCAUUCAGCAUCUCCCUGGUUAGUGCCAUCUUGAUUGUCUUGGUGGCCUUCGUCUGGGAUGUGCGCUGUGUUCUGUUGAAGUGGGGGGAUGUUGUGGUUCAGUGUUUUGGUGGUAGUGGUUGUUGGCUGUUGUGGAAUUAUGGAGUUGUACAGGCGUUGUGAUUGGUGGCUUUCUUCCCUGGUUGUUGCGUUGUUCACCCUGGUCUCCCCCUCCCCCCGAUUGUGGCGGUAGCGGUGGCGCAGGGACCAGCCAGGCAGCAUAGUUUGUGCUGGUGGCCCUCAAGAGCUCCGUGCGGCCUUGGCACUUGCCAUCUUAUCUCGACAGAAGUCCCAGGUGUCUCCCGUCUUAUACUUGUGCAUCUGGUUAUUCCCGCCUAAGUGCAGAAGCUUCCACUUGCGCUUAUCGAAAUUCAUUUUGUUAGUUUGGUCCCAGUUCCCCAAUCUGUUAAAGUCACUUUGAAUCCUGUCUUCUGUGGCAUUAGCUACCCCUCACAGUUUAGUGUGACAUGCAGAUUUGAUGAGCAUCCCCUCAAUUCCUUCAUCCAAGUCAUUUAUAAAGACACUGAACAACAACAAUAGGUCCAGAACAGAACACUGCAGCACCCCACUUGUCACUUUUUUCCAGGGUGUUGAAGAACCAUUAGGGAACACUCAUUGGGUUCAGUAAUUUGUUUAUGCGUUUGAGGUGUCAGAAACCCAAGGAAAGAAUUAUUUAUUUUAUUUAUUUACUGCCUUAAUAUCCCACCUUUUCUCCAAGGAGCUCAAGGUGGCGUACAUGAUUCUCCCCCUCCUUGUUUCAUAAGAACCCUGUGUGGUAGAUUAUUUUGAGAGGCAGUGACUGGCCCAAUAUGACCUAGCAAGCUUCAUGGCCAAGUGAGGAUUUGAACCCUAGUCUCACAGGUCCAAGACCAACACUCUACCUGCUACACCACAUUGGCUUUCAAAGAAGGUUCUCUGUGGUUUUUUUAUAGGUGAAAGAUCUAGAACAGGCACUACAGCUUGCUAACGAGACAGCUGCAAAAAGCAAAGAAGAGAUGGAAGAGAGAGAGCUGCAGAUCCAAAAGCUGGUGAGUUUAGGGUGGCCUAGCUUUUGGCAUGCUUUUCAGGAUGUGAGGGGGAAAGAAAAUACUUACAAUAGCCCACUGUUCCUACUUGACUUGAGAGCUUCAGUAGAGACACGUGAGCAAGGCAUGCCUGGAGUCACUAUAAGGCAUCCUUAGGCGACUCCAAGAUCUUGUUCCCCCUAUAUGCCCACCCACCCACUCUUAUCUUUGGAACUGGAACUGUUAGCGGCAUCACAUGAUCUGCAUUUGAAGGAAAACAAUCUUGUAGUGUGGCAGCGCCCACACUUUUGAACUCCCUGCCCACUGAUGUCAGGUGCCUUCAUUCAAAUCUUUUUGAUACCUGCCAAAAACCGUUUUGUCAAGGCAAACCUAUCCUAGACAUGUAGUAUACUGAUAUGUGUUUUAAUCUGCUUUUUAGCUUAUUGCUGAUUUUGAUUGUCUUUUGAAGGUUUUAAUUCCCCCAGCCUGAUGAUUUCAUUGUUUUAUUCUUAUUGUAAAUUGGUUUGAGCGUUGCUUUUUUACAGUCAAAUGGUAUAAAUUUUGUGAAAUAAUAAAUAAACUACCAGGACCCCCAUCAGAUGUCUGCCCUAGAUUCCCCAUUUAGAUUAUUUUCACCAGCACUUCCAUAUUCCACCAUGCCCAGAGUGAUGCAUUGCGGGAAAUGAAAAAGGCACCUCCUGGAUUGCAAUGCUGCUGCUGCUACUACUGCUGCCUCCCAGUUUGUAAAUGCUCCAGGCCCACUCAUGUAAGAAGAGGCCCAUCAGAGGGUUCGGGUUUUUUGCUUUGUUUUUGCCAUUCCUGCAUCCUGUUUGAGUUGCAGAGAAAGGCAUUAUAGGUUUUUCAGUUUGCUUGUUUUUCCUAAGGUCCUAGCCCUGAAGAAUACAGGGGAGAAUCCGGAAGUGUUUUGCAGGCUUUUCUCAUCCCAAGUUUUCUAGGAGAAUGGUUUUCUAUUUAUUUCUCAAGCCUCACAAUAACAUUCCCCUCACGCAGGGAACCUGUGCCCUCCAUAUUUUAAAUCACAAAUCCCAUCAUUCCUGACUAUUGGCUGUGCCGGCCCAUGACUGAGUGUUAGGAGUCUGACAACAUCUGGAGAACCACAGGCUUCACACCCCUUCCCUCCAUUCCUCACUCUCUGCCUUAUUGGUUCUGACCAAAACAAUUUACAGAUCUAAAAACAGUCCUGGAAAUAAUUUCAGAAUCAAAAAUGUGAAUGGGAAUAAGCCAAUUGAAUUAACAUAUAUAGAUAUAUGUUAAGACAUAUUCAUAUAAUUUUAUUUCUUCACACUUUGCUCUGCUUAACCUGUUCUGAGCACAUGCAGAGUUGAUGGAGUUUCAAUACUAGAUUCUUCCCCCACCCACCCCACCCCACUCUCUCACUCUGUCCUUUCUUAGCAGCAAACAGAUCUGCAGCUGGAGAGAAUCCAAGCACAGGAAGGCCUCUGUGCUGUGCAGCACCAGUGCACAGAGCAAGUUGGGAGGCUGCUGGAACAGAUGGCAACCCUGGAAGCUGACCAGAAGACAGAAAGGAUGGCUGCACAUCAGACGAUGGUGAGUCCUGCUCUCCUUUUCAGAGCAACUGUCCAUCUUCUCUAGCCACUUCUGUUCUUUUCUUUAAUAAGAUUUUAUUAAAGCUUUUCAUAAUACAAUACAAUAAAAAAACAGAAAGAGAAAGAAAGAUGCAAAUCCAUCUUUCAAAGGUAGAUCUUAACCCUUGUCUCACACAAAAAGGGGCGGACCCUCACCUAGGAGCUUCCUUUUCUUCUCCCAACCUCCCUCCCUGGGAGAUGUUCCUUUCCUUUCCUCACACACUGGGUCCAUCAGCUUCAUGUGUGUACAGUAGAGGACAUUAAAAAAAAAACAACAACAACCCAGAAGCAAGAGGAAAGGAAAGAAACAGAAACAGGAAUAUAAAAAUAACAAAAGAAUGAAGAAAGUUUUUUUUUUAAAGGAAAGAAAGAGAAAUAAAAAGGGCUUCCAAUUCUCCAUCUGUCCCUCUCUCUCUCUCUCUCUCUCUCUCUCUAUAUAUAUAUAUAUAUCAAAAUAUUCCAAGUAUUCAUUCUAGGUUGGUACCCAGCUGUUUCUCCUCCUGCUAGGCGAUAUUUUCCGAGUCUGGAUCAACAGUAGUCUUCCUCCAGUCCAGCAUAACUUUACCUCCAGUGUUGACAAAGAAUAAAUCUUUGAUCUUUAUUCCUACAUGAGUCCAAUGUUUUGUUCUGUUUUUCAUUUAGAGCCAACUGGAAAAAGAAAAUGAAGAACUGAAAGGCAGAUGCAAAGACUUGGAAAGCUCCUUAAGGAAGCAAGAAUCUGAAUUGGAAAGGCUAAAGGUAUCUGUGCUUUUAACAGUCACAUCCAUCCAGCAUGUUGGAAACUGGUAUUCUGCCUUUUUUGGGUUAAGCAAAAGCUAUGCUGCUAGUGCAGCAGAGAAGAGAGGGACCCCGAACCUAAACGUGCUAGCUUUGACAGCCAGUUCAGUGCAACUUGCAGGUGUUUUAAUGGGUUUUGUUUUGCAAGUGUUGCUAGCAGAUUGUUGCAAAGGCUGCCUCUGUGGGCCGGCAUCCUUAUAAACCUGGGGUGGGGAGCUGUAGAGCAUGAGUCUGAAAGCUGAAUGCAGCCCUCAAGUCUGCUCUGUCUGGCCCUCAGGGCUGACCCCGGGCCUCACUCCUCACUGUCCCACUUUGCCCCCUUUCAAAUAUUACUGCUGUGUAAGUGAGGGGGUUUUGUUUGUUGAUAUAGCAACUCAGAAGCAAAGGGUUAACUUCCCUCUCCCCAGCAGCAAUGCCUAUCGAUACCAGUUCCUUGGAAAAACUAAAAUACUUUUUUCAAGCAUUUGAAGGGAUGAAGGGGGAGAAUGAGAUGUGUGUGUGUUUUAAGUGUGGCUACACCUACUGGUGAUUUUGGUCCUGCCCACCAUUGGCAUGCAGCCCUCAGAGGGUGGGCAAAAGGUAAUGUGACCUUGAAGGUCAGAAUAGUAGUCCACCUUGAACUGAGAUUUCUUCUUUCUGUUUCUAUCGUCUUCCUUUGAUUAAAAUGGACUUUGAUUGCAUCCAGUUACUUAGAGCAGGCCCAUUGAAAUUGAUGGACAUGACUUAACUGGGGUCUAUUCUAGACCCCGCGGGUGGCGCUGUAGUCUAAACCACUGAGCCUCUUGGGCUUGCCGAUCGGAAGGUCUUACCGUUCGAAUCUGUGUGACGGAGCUCCUGUUGCUCUUUCCCUGUUUCUGCCAACCUAGCAUACCAGUGCAGGUAGAUAAAUAGGUACCGCUGUGGUGGGAAGGUAAACAGUGUUUCCAUGCACUCUGGCAAUCGUCAUGGUGUUCUGUGCACCAGUAGCGGUAAAGUCAUACUGACCACAUGACCCAGAAAGCUGUCAGGCUUCCUCGGCCUGAAAGGCAAAAUGAGCACCACACCCCAUAGUCACCUUUGACUGGACUUAACUGUCAAGGGGUCAUUUACCUUUACCUUUUUUUGAGUAUAACUUGGCUGGAUACAACUCUUUGCCUUCCCUUCGUUUGGGAUUUGGUAGUUUGCCAAGGUAAAGUGGUUGGGAAGAUGGCCUUUUCCACACUACAGUGCAUGGGUUUAGGGAGUUUACUCUCAUUCUGAGUCCUCCAUUCUCUAACCCCAGGAUUCUUACUGCUUUGCAGGCAGAAUUGAGGAGUAGCGCUGAAACCACCCAAGCCCUGGAGGAGACGCGAGGGCAAAGGGAGCAUCAACUGCAGCAGGAGGUGGGCUCACCCCUUUGGCACCCACUGUGGGUGUAGCUGGCUUUGUCUUCAGGAUUGGCAACGGCAGGAGGCUGCACCUGAGCCAUUCAUUGUGUUGGUAUUGACAGGUCAAAUCAGAGCCAAUGCAAAUAAAUUAGUUCUGGCCCACCACGAAUGACUGCAAAUCAGGCAGUGAUAGGGGACCAUUUUGGAGAUGGGCAGGUGGUCUCCAUAAUAGCUGAGAAUAUAAAACGGAUGCCUCUGUCUUGACUUUACUGCCUGGGUAAAAACUGUCUGUCAUAACUUAACUGUUCAUGGUAACCAGUCAUUUCAGCGGCUAGGAAAAAUCCCCUUCUGAUAGAGUCCUCCCCCACUUCCUUGUGCUCCCUGCUGUUUAUGAAGUGGGAAUUGUGUUUGGGCAGAGCUUUUAUCCAAAGCAGUGGCUUUGGGGACCAGGGCUUGUUCUGCUAUGAAGCCAGAACUUUUCACCAUAGAAAUCUGUCACACUUCUUCACAGAGGCUCUGGAGCGUUUUUAGCCUUUAAUCCUUCUUCACUUGUUACAUAUUCCUCUAGCUCCAGCAGGGUGCUGUAGAAAUUAAGUCUGGAAAUGGUGGAUUCUUAACCCGCAAAUUUAGGAAGAUACAGAAGAGGUUUGGAGGUCCAGCAAAGUUAAUCAGGAUUAAUCAAGACAAAGAGGAUUUUGAGGAGAAACAGUUUAGAGAGGGGGAAAGGUGUUCCAGAUAUUUGGGGAUGGAGGACAGUGUAAGGGGAAGAGAGACUUGAGUGAGCUUGUGAGAGGAGUGGGGGGAAACAGAAGAACAACCUGUUGGAUCAGGCCAGUGGCCCUUCUGGUCCAGCAUCCUCUUCCCUUAGUGGCCAACAGAUGCCUAUGGGAAAUCCACAAGCAGGACCCGAGCACAAGAGACCUCCCCCCUACCCUGGCUUCCAGCAACUGGUAUUCAGGGGCAUUCCUCCCUCUGGCUGUAGAGUCAGAGCACAGCCGUUAGGGCCAGUAGUUAGCCCUCUCCACAGGUGUCCUGUGUUGCUUGCAUCUCACCCUUGAAAGUGUGAACAGCCAUUUGUCAAAAAGCAUCAUGUGUUGAGGUGAGGUCAGGGGAGGAGGGAAAGUUAGCUGUUUUAGAUCUGAAAGCAAAGACAGGAAAUAGCCACGAAAGCUCAUUGUGCAAAUGUUUCAGCCAGCCUGGUGCCCUCCAGAUGUUUUGGACCACAACUUCCAUCAGCUCAGCCAGCACAUUGGCAUUGAAGUCCAGAACAUCUGGAGGGCCCCAGGUUGGCAAGGGCUGACAUUUGUCCAGUGUCGUAAUAGGUAGCAUAUGUUUUCUGGACACUUCUACUUGUACAUGCUGUUACACCAGAUUUUGCACAAAAAGGACACCAUCUUUGGCUGCCAUCCUCCUUUUCUGAUAUAUAGCACUCCAGCUUCUAGUGUAAAAUAGCCCUCGAGUGGGUCCAGUCUUACAGUGAUGUUGGAUUAUGAUAAACAUUCAUUUUGGAAUGUCUGAAAAGCAAGGGCUGGAAGCUACAUCAUACCUGUCCAUGGCCUUUCUUUUCCCCCCUGGUGGCUUAGCUUGUGGAUCUGACUGUGCUGUUGAAUGAGAAGGACCUGCUGAUUGCAGAGAAAGCAGAGGCACUUCUGAAAGGAGAGGAAGAGCUGAAGCACUUAAGGCAAGGUAAGACCCAGCAAAGCUUAAUUUACUAGUAGCAAGGAGGGUGAUGUGGCUCUCCAAGUUCUGUUGGACUCCCAACUGUCGUCAGCAGCUGCCAGUAGCUUAGGAUGAAUUGUAGUUCAGUGGCAUCUGGAGCACCACAGGUUAGAACAGUGGUCCAAAGUGGAUGGAAUGACUGGAUCAAGUUCAUCAGUUUUGUUGAAUUAAUUAAACUAAAUAGGUUUACUUGCAUUUUAAAUAAAUGUGCAAUUAAUUGUUACUGUUUUGAAUUUUAUUAUGUUAUGUUGGAAUGGCAGACUAGGACCUGGGAGGCUCAGGAUCAACUCCCCAUUUGGCAACGAAUCUUUUGCUGGGUAAUGUUGGGCUAGUCGUUUCCUCUCUCAGCCUAGGCUACCUUGCAGGGCUGUUGUGAGGAUAAAAUUGGGGGAACUGACUGAAUGCUUCUUGGACUGAAUGCUUCUUGAUUAAUGACUGCAUGCCACCCUCUCUUCCCUGCCUCUAAACUGGUUUCCUUUUCCUUCUAGACCACGAUGCACUUCUGCUGCAGAUGGACCAGUUGAAGUCCAACCUUGAGUUGUGCCAGCACCAGGCCAUGGAGACAGAAGCUGCAGCAGAGAAACGGAUGAGUGCUUUGCAAGAGCAGCUACAGUUCCAGCAGGAGCGCCUCUUAGCCAGCGAGAAGCAAGUAAGCAGCUUCCCCCUCCUUGGGCAGGGCGAGCCCUUAGCCUUUCUAAAAGCAACACUGUGGCUUCUCCUCUGGAAUGUUCCUCUCUUCAGUGCUAGAACACUGCAGCAGUGGGGAACCUCCAGCCCAUGCACCUCCCCAUUUAGUCCAUUGGGCAAUUUCUGCCAAACCAUAAUGUCCUUAGGGGGGAAACGGGGCACACACCCCCCCACCAGUCAUGGUCUGCUGUCAUCCACCUCCUACCUAUCUCCUUACAACUGGGGACAGGAAGGGUGAGAACAACUCAGUGUUGGCUCCUUAGUUUUUUUGUUCCCCUGGCAGAACUCAACAAGGGUAAAGGUGGACCCAAAACUAGAAUGCAUUGACUGUGGCUCCACCUACUGUGACAGAUUUUUAAAUCCCAACAAUUUUGUUUUCUUUCUUUUUUAAAAACUGACAAGUUUCCAGCCUUAUGGAUGCAAAGAUGCACUUGAGUUUGUGGGCAAUGCCUGAUGAAAUCUCAGAAGCCAGAAGGGUUGCUGUGUAAGAUUUCCAUGCCCUUUAUAAUUCCUUAACACUUCCCAUGAUUGUGGAAGCAAAACACAUAUAUGAAAACUAAACACAAUGUAUGCAGGUUUUCAGAAUUUGGGUUACCUCAUCACAGAUGCGCUGCUUCUACCUUAAGCUUUCUUUGAUCUGUUUUGGAGGUGCCAGCACAGCCUUUUGACCCAUAUUAGCUGGUGUGCUUGUAGCUUGGUGCAGCCAUUAUUCCUGUGGUUGUGGUGCUUGCUUAUCUCUUCUCACCCACCCUGCCCCUUCAUAUGUGGCCAGGAGAAACCUACUUGUCCCAAAUCUUUUCAGGAUGUACAUAAGCUCUGUUUUUGUUGCCUCUCUGAUUUUGCUAAAUCCAGCCCGUUUUUACCUCCUGCUAGGCUGCUACAUUAGAACUGACUUCUGCAGCCCUGAAAAAGCAUCUGUGUCCCUCUGAAGAUGGGGAAACAGAGCCAAACGGGGAGGUGGCUGCCACUGAUAUUGUCCAGCUCCAGAAGGAAAACAGAGACUUGGAGCAGCAAAUCGCAGAAAAGAACAAGGUGUGGGUUCAACUGUUCAUCAGCCUUUCUCCUACUUUCCCCCUCCUUCCAAUUGUUUCUGAUAUGCAGUGGUACCUUGGUUGUUGAACAGCUUGGCUCCUGAACAAAUUGUCACCUGAACGCCACAAACUCGGAAGUAAGUGUUCCGGUUUAUGAACCUUUUUGGAAGCCGAACAUCUAAUGUGGCUUCCACAGCUUCCAGUUGAGUGCAGGAAGCUCCUGCAGCCAAUCGGAAGCCGUGCCUUGGUUUUUGAACAGUUCUGGGAGUCUGAGUCAAACAAUACCACCACCACCACCACCCAGUUUAAAAGGCCAUAGGUUGUUUAAACAGCCAAAAGCUUGGGAGAAGAAGGAUGUUUUUGCCUGGCACCUAAAGAUAUGUAAUGAAGGUGCCAGGCAAGCCUCCCUGGGGAGAGCAUCCCAAAAGUGGGGAGCCACUGUGGGAAAAGGCUUGAUAGUUGAGGUGAAGUGGCUUUUAUUGAUGGCCAGACUUGUGAACUGACGUUCUCUCCCUACCCUUCCUCCUCUGGUAGACAAUAAAGCAGCUGCAGCAGAGGAUGGCAGAGCUGAAGAAAACCUUGCAGAAAGAAUUGGUGAGUUCAGCUUGUGCUGAAUGGCAGUCUCUGUCAUUAUCAUAGGGACUAGUUUGGUGUAUGUCACUGUGUGUGCGUGUGCAUGCCAUUUUAGCAUGCAAAGGGAAAAAAGUGCAGAAUUUGGUGGCAGAAGCAGAAUUCAGUUUCUUGAGGAUGUCAGCUCUUGAAUUUUAUUGUAAAGACAAGUUUCUAGCAAUUAUGGGGAUGAAUAUAUGCAUGGGUAAUACUACUGAUGUUUUGGAAGGCUGAGUGGUGACUUGAAUUUUCUCAAGUGUUGUUUGGGACUAGCUAGCAUAACUGGAACAAAUGAUCCAAAUUAGUGAGCGCUUGCUGUGAAUGAGCUGCCCAGUUUGCAUAAUUUAUGUAGGUUGCUAUAGUCGCCUUUGGGGGGGGGGGCAGAAUUUGAUAGUGUGGCAUAUAUGCAGACCCAGCAGGGUCCGUUUGUUUCUUGCUCUGCAAAAUGGCUUAGGAGGAUGUGAGGCCUGGCUUCAGGAGUGUUGGAUGUGGUGGCUUUGCCUGUCCCUUAAAGCUAGCACUGGUUUUUACCCUUUUCAGAAAAUGCGACCCGAUGGUGAGGUCCCUGAGGUCCCCACUGCUGCCUUGACUGUAACAAACAACUCCGAUCUGAAUGACUCCCGAGAGAUAAACUUUGAAUACCUUAAACACGUGGUGCUAAAAUUUAUGUCCUGCCGGGAAUCAGAGGUAAGAAAAACAUGUUUUACUGACGAUGCCUUUUUAACUUGUCCUCAUCCUCCUGCCUCGCCCUCCAGUUUCCUCCUCCUUUAUUUUGCUUUUGGCUGUGAAUCAACGUGCCUCAGGUGAUAAGUUCCAUGUGACAUACCAUAAGUUCAAAUUCAGAAUAUUUUUUACUUUUUGCCUGCCACCUUGAUGAAGCAUACGUACAAAAUUAACCACAGUAAGCUAGUACCUCAGGGAUCCCAGCUUGAAACACAGAAGUCUAAUCCACUACUUUCUACUAUAUAUUUUGGAAUGUGGUUUGUCCAUUUGUUCUCUAUGCAUUCAACCACCUCUCAAGAUACUGUAUUUUUCCGUGUAUAAGACACCCCCAUGUUUAGUUUUGGGAGGGGGGUCACUUCCAACAAUCGCUCACCUGCCUGCCUGCCACUGCUAAUUGCUUGCCACAGCCACUGCCAAUCGCACAUCUCACCGCAGCCAAUUGUCUGCCUGCUCGCCGCCACCAACAGCCCACCCACCCACUUGCUGCAGCCACCAAUCACCUGCCCGCCUCGCCACAGCUGCCAAUCGCCUGCCAAAUUGCUGUAGCCACAGCCAAUCGCCAGCAGGCCUUGCUGCAGCCACCAAUCACCUGCCGCCAACCUCCUGCUUGCUGCUGCCAUUAAUCGCACAUCCCCCUUUUGCAUUCAUUAUCCAUGUAUAAUACAAUACCCAAUUUUUGCCUUUUCUAUCUCCAAACGCAGUACAAGGGUUACUGAGGUGGAGGCAGCAGUCCUUGUCAGUGUUUGGAUGCCAAUUGCCAUUUCGAAUCAAGAUGAAGGGUUGAAACAUUGCUUUGGUGUGACUCUGUCCAUUCUUUGGCAUAGAUUCAGCUGCCUAACUCAGGCAGUGGACUUUGUCACCAUUAAGAUGCCAUUUUGACUCAAGAUGGCAGAUCAGAUUAAACCUUAAUAAGCAUUAGCUUCCACCCCCCCACACACAAAUUGGUUUGGGACCAGGUCAUUGUUCUCCAGGUCAGGUCUGAGCCCUGGGUUGCUGUGUGGGUAUGUUUUUGUGUGUGCACAUAGCCCCCAAACUCACAAAUUACACUUUGUUUAAAAAUCACAUUAUUUGUUGGUUUCUUCAAACUGCCGAGCAGCACCAGGCAUUUCCCACUAGCAGACACCAAGAGCGACAAGCAUUUUUCUCUAGCUAGUUGGCUGUACCUCUGUGAUCAAAUCUGUAAGGGUUAUACAUAACAGUCAAUUGUAACUCACCAGCUAUUGCAUUUCAGGCAUUCCACCUGAUAAAAGCCAUGUCUGUGUUGCUAAACUUCUCUCAAGAGGAAGAAAACAUGCUCAAGGAAACCUUGGAGUAUAAGGUAAGACUUUGCUUGAACUCUUACAAGUUCACUUGGGCAUCUUCCGUCACUUGAUGACCCCUAUAUCAAGGGAUAGCUUGCAUGUGUGAAGCAGGUAUUGUGGGUCUAUGUGCCAGAAAUGGAGCUUUUGUUCCAGUCCUUCCAUCACAUGUGCUUUGGGAAUCUUCCUUUUCAAUUUGGGUCUCAGCCACAUUGCCAUUAGCAUUACAGGGUGCAUGCAUCAAGUGUAUUUAUUUAUGCUCAGUAUAUAUUUAAGUAUAUUUAAGCUUAGGCCUUUUUCUAAUGUGCUUGCGAAUUGCUGCUUCUACAUGGCAGUGGGUCACCUAGUCCUAGGCCAUAUCAAGGGAAUGCAGCUCUUCUUUGCACUUCUAUCAACUCCAGAGUUGUCUUCUUUCCACGUAUAUAUACAUGCUGUUCAGAAGUCCAUGUCCUGGUGGCUCCUCUGUUCUUACUGGCUGCUGAUGGAUUCUUGCAUCUGUCCUCAAAGACCUGUGCUUAAUUAAGCUUGUCUGUCUUGCAUUAUACUGAGAUUGCAUCCCUAUCACCUUUCUGCAUUAGCUUCACACCCCAGCCUGGCCUAGUGAUGGCUUUUCAACCUAUAUAUCUUUGUGGAAGCUUUCAGGGUACUGACUUCUUGCUCCCCAUUUUUGUUCUGCUGGGACUUUGCAGCUGCACACAGCUUUAUUCAGAUUUUCCACCUUCCUUUGCCCCUAAUGUUUGGCUGCUCAGUUAAUGGUGUGCCUCUUUUUUUGUCUUAUUGUUUUCCUUCUGCCAGAUGUCGUGGUUUGGGUCAAAACCAUCUCCCAGGGGCAGCAUCCGACCCUCCAUCUCAAGUCCAAGGACUCCGUGGUCGUGA